AUGCCCAUCAACGCCAACGCCGUUCUGAGCCGCUUACAAGAACAGUCCAUUCGGCACUUCAGCUCGUGGGACAAGCAUGCUGCCGACUUUGGAUACAAGGCCCCAACGUUUGAGAAGCUCAUCAUGCGUGUCCUUGGGGUGAUUCAACAUGUGGUGUACGACCAUUUCAUUGUCGCCCAAUCUAUGCAAAGCCUUCACGAGUUACGACAUCAAUUCGAGCACCAUCCGUACGCAUUGUACGCUGGUGGUGUCAAGUUCCACCCAUCUCUUCGUCCGAUUGGCUGCUUUCCGAGCAGAAGCACUACUACAGUGGGAAGCACCGCAUAUACGGCUACAAUAUCGAAGCCACAGCGUCACUGGACGGUCGUUGCGUGGCAAUGUCGGAAUAACACCCUGGCGAUGCUGACGAUGUACCAGCAAGACAUGUUGUUGACUGACCACGGUGAGCUCUCUGCGCAAUAUCGGGAGCAAUGGGCGUGGCUCAUUGACAUGGGGUACAUUGGUAUUGUAAACACUCUGCAUGGGAUCCAUUCCAAUCACCGCCCAGUGAACCGUGCAUUGGAUGCUAGUGACGUUGAGUUCAAUCGCUUAAUCUCGUCCGAUCGGAUGAUCGUCGAGAAUUAUUUUGGGUGGGUGUGUGCGUUGUGGAAGGCCUCGUACGCGACGUUCACGUGGUCGGAGAAGAAUUAUUGUGCUAUUGAAUGCACGACGUUUGCCCUGACGAACUUUCACCUGUCGUUGAUGCCCCUACGUCUUGAAGACGACCCUUUUAUGGAAUGGUCUUGGCUCGUUACGAAAGGAUGGCAAAUGAAAAGGCAGCGCCGUUAUCGUUUGAACCGACAAGAGAGAGCUGCAUUGGACUUGGGUCGUGCUCCCCGCAGUCGUUUUUACAAACAGUAA